AUGAGCACGGCGGCGGCGGCAACGGCAACGGGAGGGGGCCCGGGGCGGCGGCGGAGCGGGAGGCGGCGGCGGGGGCCCCUGCGCUCCCUGGGCAGCCUGGCCGGGAGGCUGCUCCGCACCUGGGCGCGCCUGGCCGGGGGCCGCGGCAGGCACCGAGCCCCGCCGGAGGACGACGAAGGAGGGUUCCGAGGGGAGAACGGCCCCGGCGGGGAGAGGCGGCGGCGGCAGCGGCAGCAGCAGCCCGGAGCGGGAGCGGCGGUGGCGGGGGACGGGAGCGGGGUGCGGGGGGAGCGGCCGCCGGGCGCGCAGGGGCUGCGGAACCACGGCAACACCUGCUUCAUGAACGCCGUGGUGCAGUGCCUGAGCAACACGGCCCCGCUGGCGGAGGUGCUGGCGCUGGGCCGCUACCGGGCCCCGGCGGGCCGCGCCGAGGUCACCCACCGGCUGGCGGCCCUGGUCCGAGCGCUCUGGACCCGCGACUACACCCCGCAGCUCUCCGCCGAGUUCAAGAGCAUUGUCUCCAAGCACAGCGCGCAGUUCCGGGGCAAUGCCCAGCACGAUGCCCUCGAGUUCCUGCUCUGGCUGCUGGACCGCAUGCACGAGGACCUGGGCACUGCCUCCCCUGCCCAGCACCCCCGCGGCCCCGACCAGAAGCUGGGGCCAGACUCUGCUCACAGUGGUGCCAGCAGCUCAUCUCCUGCCACCCAGCAUCCUCGUGGGCAGAGCUUUGUGCAGAGCCACUUCCAGGCUCAGUACAGGUCCUCCCUGACCUGCCCUCACUGCCUGAAGCAGAGCAACACCUUUGACCCUUUCCUGUGCAUCUCCCUGCCCAUCCCCCUGCGCCAGACCAGGGCUCUCAGCGUCACCCUGGUGCUGCAGCGCGAGCGCCGGCGGCCGCUGCGCGUGGGGCUGGCGGUGCCCCUGCGGGGCACGGUGGCCGAGCUGCGGGCGAUGGUGGCGCGGGAGGGGCGCCUCCCGGCCGAGCAGGUAGUGGGGGGCGUGGGGGCCGCGGGGAGGGCUCGGCGCCCCCGCAGGGUGCUGAGGGUGCCGAGCGCUGUCCCGCAGGUGAUCCUGGCCCAGGUGUCCCCGCAGGGCGUCCUGCGCUCCCUGGGCGACUCGGAGGAGCUGGGGGACUCCCUGGGUGCUCCUGGGGAGGGGGCUCCCCUCUACGCCUUCCAGCCGCCCCCCGCCCGCCGCCCAGGGUGCCCCCGCAGCCUGCCUGCCUCCCCUGGGGCAGCCCAGCCCGAGCCCCAGCGCCCACUGCCCUCCGCUGCCCACUCCUCCGACUGCCUGCACCGCGGGGCCGCCGGCCACCUCCUGCUGCUGCUCUGCAAUGUGGCAGGGGAUGGGCACUACCUCGCCAGGUUUGGGCCACCCCUGGUGCUGCGGGAGGAGAGGGGCAUCUCCUGGGAGCAGCUCCAGCACAGCAUCCUGGGCCAGCUGCGGGCCCUGCUGCGGGCAGAGCCGCGGGCACAGGGCACAGGGGUCCCCCUCUUCCGCCUCCGCCUGGCUGGGGGCACGGAGCCCUGCACCUACCUGUCCCCACAGGACCCCCACCCCCUCUGCCACCCUGCCAUCGACAGAGCCCUGCAGCUGAGCGGGGCAGGAGGCCCUCCCCAUGUGAAGCUGACGGCAGAGUGGGACCUGAGCACCAAAGAGCGCCUUUUCGGCAGCAUCCAGGAGGAGGUGGUGGAGGAGGCGGAGAGCGUGCGGCGGCAGCAGGAAGCGCACAGGCAGCAGCCCAGCUGCACGCUGGACGACUGCUUCCAGCUCUACACCAAGGAGGAGCAGCUGGCCCCGGACGACGCCUGGCGCUGCCCGCACUGCAAGGUGCCCCAGCAGGGCACGGUGAAGCUGAGCCUCUGGACGCUGCCCGACAUCCUCAUCAUCCACCUGAAGCGCUUCCGGCAGGUGGCUGAGCACCGGCACAAGCUCACCACGCUGGUGAGGUUCCCCCUGCGGGGGCUCGACAUGGCCCCCCACGUGGCGCAGCGGGGCCAGGCCGGGGGGCAGCUCGUGGGGCGCUGGGCAUCCUGGCAGCCCCCGCUCCGCCUGCCCCCGAGCUGCCCCCGAGACUACCUCUACGACCUGUACGCCGUCUGCAACCACCACGGCAGCAUGCAGGGCGGGCACUACACGGCCUACUGCUGCAACGCCCUGGACGGGCGCUGGUACAGCUACGACGACAGCCGCGUGGAGGGGCUGCGGGAGGCGGAGGUGAGCACCCGCAGCGCCUACAUCCUCUUCUACCAGCGCCGCAACGCCGGCAGGGGCUCGGCCACCUCCUCGCUGUCUCGCCACUGGCUGGCUCGUCUGGGCACCAGCACCCAGGCCACGGCCUCGUCUCCCUCAGCCACCCAGCGCUCCCCGCCUGGCACGCCCGAUGCCGCCGCUGCCAGCCUGGAGAAAGGCGGCUUCGAGGCCAGACCGCUGGUGCGGGGUGUGCAGGGUCGCAGCCUCAGCGUCAAGCUGUCACCGUCCCGCAGCCCGCCCCGGGCCGGGCCCCCGCGCUGGUCCUUCUCGGGCAGGGAGCGGGCACGGCCGGGGGAGCUGAUCACCUACCUGGAGUCGGGGCGCAGACCCCGCUGCACCCGCCGUGCCCUGCUGCCGCUCGCCUCCGCGGGGGACGGUGACCCCGACACCCCCCCGACCUCCAGCCCUGUGCCAAACGACCCGGCAAAGCAGGGCCUGGGCAGCGCCCGAGCCCCCCGCCAGCCCCUGCGUGUGCCCACGCUGCGGAGAGCUGCCAGCGCCGGUGCCGACGGAUCCCUGCGGCUGCCCCCCAAAAGCCAGAGCAGUCCCCGGGUGCUGCGGGCAGAGGGGGACGGGGCUGUCCCCAUGAGUGUCCCCCCGGUCCAGCUGUCCCCCGGGCCGGUGGCAAUGGCGAGGUCACAGAGCUCGGCCAGUUUGCCCCCGCGCCCCAAGGGGGGUCUGCGGCGAUCAGCAUCGCUGGGCCGGGGUGCGGGGGGCACCCCCUUGUUGCCCACCCGGGUACCCCCCGGGGCCACACUCCAGAGGGGACGGCAGCCCCUGGGCUCGCUGUGCCCCCUGGCUGUGCCUGAGUCCAGCUUCUGAGCCAUGGCUGGGGGCAUCAGCACCUGUGACAGCCCAAACUGGGGGAGCCCAGACUGGGGGCUCCCAAACUGGGACCAUCCUGAAUUGGAGGCUUCCAAACUGAGGGCUUCUGAUCUGGGGGCUUCCAAACUGGAGCCAACCCGAACCAGGGGUUCCCAAAAUGGGUGACUCCUCAACUGGGACCAUCCUGAAUUGGGUGCUCCUGAAUUGGUGCCUCCCAAACUGGGGUUUCCUGAACUGGGGGUUCCCAAAGUGGAGCUAUCCCAAGCCAGAGAUUUCUAAACCAGGGGUUGCUGAACUGGGACCAUCCCUAACCAGAAUCUCCUGAACUGGCACCAUCCUGAAUUGGCAGCUUCAGAACCAGGGCCUCCCACACUGGAGCUGUCCCAAACCAGGAGUUCCUGAACUAGGACCACCCCUAAUCAGAGGCUCCAGAGAUGGGGCCAUGCUGGAUUGGGGGCUCCCAAAUUGGUGGCUCCUGAACUGGGGACUUCAAAUCUUGAGCCAUCCUGAAACAGGGGGUCCUGAACUGGGGGCUCCUGAACUGGGAGCAUCCCAAACUGGGGGCUCCUGAACUGGGGGCUCCCAAAGUGGGAUCAUCUCUAACCAGAGGCUCCUGAAAUGGAGCCAUCCUGAACUGGGUGCUCUCAAACUCAGGCUUAUCCCAAACGAGGGAUGUCUCAACCCAAGGGCUCCUGAACCACGGGAUCCUAACUAAGGGCAUCCCAAAGCAGGGUCAUCCUGAACCAGGACCAUCCCAACCUAGGGACAUUCCAAAUGGGGCAUCUGGACCCACGGGCUCCCAAAACAGAUCAUCCCCAAACAUGGGGCCUUUAGGUAUCCCAAAGCUGGGACAUCCAAAGUUGGAGGCUCUCAAACCAGGGGCUCCCAAACUGGGGAUGUCCCAAACUGGGAGCACCCCUAACCAGAGACACCUAAAACCAGAGCCAUCCCAGCCCAGGGUCAUCCUGAACUGGUGGUUCUAUAACCAGAGCCAUCCCA